AUGCAGCUUCUGACAGGCGUUCGCAUUGUCAUCAGUCUCCUUUUGUUGGGCGAAUCUUGCCAGUCACGUCAAGUGCUACCGAGAAAAGAUCAUUUGACGAGAAGGUAUUUCGCGGUUGAGAGCUAUUUGUCACUUCCAAGGCUUCGAGAACUGUAUCCAGAAUGGCGGUUUGAACAUGAUGCUCGAGGACUUGAGAAUCACUACGUGUUCUCAGUGCGAAAAGAUGAAAUACUGAAAAGAUCUGAUGAAUAUGAUGACUUGACAGGCGUGGUUUCAUACCAUAGUUUACGACCCAAAACGCUCCAAAAAAGACUACCGAUCUCGUCAGGACCCAUAGACUCAAGCAUGCAGGCGGUGCAGGAUGUAAAAGAUCGCUUGUCCAUCGAAGACCCCUUAUUCGACAAGCAAUGGCAUCUUAUUAACACAAAUUUCCCAGGACACGACGUUAACGUUACAGGACUGUGGUAUGAAAACAUUACUGGUCACGGAAUCGUUGCAGCCAUUGUUGACGACGGACUUGAUUUUGAAAGCGACGACUUAGCGGACAACUUUUCCGCAGAAGGGUCUUGGGACUUCAAUGACAACGAUCCAUUACCUCGACCCAGACUAAGCGAUGACUACCAUGGCACCAGAUGCGCAGGUGAGAUUGCAGCUGUCAAAAACAAGGCUUGCGGACUCGGUGUCGCCUACGAUGCCAAGGUUGCGGGCAUACGAAUUCUUUCUGGCGAAAUCACCGCAGAAGACGAAGCUGCAUCUUUGAUCCACGCCUUAGAUGUGAAUGACAUAUAUUCGUGUUCGUGGGGUCCACCUGACGAUGGACGCUCUCUACAGGGACCUGAUGACCUAGUCAAAAAAGCACUGGUUACUGGUGUCACAAAAGGUAGGGACGAAAAGGGUGCGUUGUAUGUCUUUGCUAGUGGAAACGGUGGCAUGUACGAGGAUAACUGUAAUUUUGACGGUUACACAAAUUCGAUCUACUCAAUAACUGUUGGUGCUAUUGACCACAAAGGUCUUCAUCCUCCUUAUUCAGAGUCAUGUUCUGCUGUCAUGGUUGUCACCUACUCAUCCGGAUCCGGAGAACACAUUCACUCCACCGAUAUAGACGGCCAUUGCAGUGACAGUCAUGGUGGAACUUCUGCGGCAGCUCCACUGGCUGCAGGAAUAUACUCCUUAGUUUUGAGUGCAAACCCUAAUUUGACAUGGAGAGAUGUGCAAUAUCUAUCAAUUUUGUCAUCGAUUCAAAUUAACGUUGAUGAUGGUAAUUGGCAAGACGCAGCCCUUGGGAGGCCAUACUCUCACAAAUACGGAUACGGAAAACUUGACGCAUACCGUAUCGUUGAUUUGGCUCGCAACUGGGAAAAUGUCAACCCUCAAUCAUGGCUAUACCUACCUACUAAGCAAGUAGGAACUUCCACUAAUUCUACGGAGGAAAUUCUUGAAUCGUCGGUUCAAAUUAGUGAUGAUCAAUUGAGGAGUGCGAACAUAAAGCGUAUCGAGCACAUCACGGUUACUGUUGACAUCGAAACAACCUUCAGAGGACGUACGACGCUGGAUCUGGUAUCGCCUCGUGGAGUAGUAUCGAAUUUGGGGGUCACUAGAAGAAACGAUAAUUCACCGGAUGGAUUUGUUUCUUGGACGUUCAUGUCUGUUGCACACUGGGGCGAGGAUGGAGAAGGUGAAUGGAAGCUCAAAGUAAGAACCACGGACGAAGCAAACACCAUUGAAUUCAAAAACUGGAGGUUGAAAUUAUAUGGAGAAUCGUCCGACCCUUCGAAGGCUGUGAAAUUUGAGUUCGGCAAUGACGAUGAAAGUGCUUCAGCGAUAAGCUCAAGUAGUUCAGCGGAUUCUACAAGCUCAUACAGUCCCACAAGUACAGAAGCUCCAACUUCUUCGUCACCGGCCUCCCCGCUUAUGACAGAACUCACAACUUCGACUCCCGCUUCACCACAAGAUAAUUCAGACGUCAAUAGACCGAAUCCUCUAGCUCCCCCCUUUGCCGGAAUGCAUUAUUAUCUUGCAGUGUUUGCACUUGGAGCUGCCGUUUUGGUCUUGUAUUUCUUCUUCUUUGUGAGGUCGAGACGAUUAAUAAGAAGAACUCGCGCAGAAACAUAUGAGUUUGACAUUAUAGACACAGAUUCAGACUACGACUCGUCACUGAACAGCGUUGCAAACCCAAAUUCGGACUUACAGGAAGGUGAUGACGCUAAUUUUGAUUUUGAUCUCGACCUCUCAGAUGAAGAACUUUUGAGAAGCAGUUCGGGCUCACCCAAUCCUACAAACGUUCCCAUAAAGAGCCAGGAAGGAAAAAAUCUAGACGAAGUCUUGGAGAGCAAAGCUAACAACACACCUCGCGGCGAAAAUGACGGUGAAGAUACUACGGGUGUGACAACGUCAUCUGGAAAGUGA